CUCUCUCACACCAAGAUGUCUUGCUACGACCUGUGCCCACCAAAAACCAGCGUCGCCGUGCCCCAGCCCAUUGCUGAGAGCUGCAACGAGCUGUGCGCGCGCCAGUGCCCCGACUCUACGGCCUUCAUCCAGCCACCGCCCGUCGUCGUCACCUUCCCCGGCCCCAUCCUCAGCUCCUUCCCCCAGCAAGCCGUGGUGGGCUCCUCCGGAGCACCCGCCUUUGGCGGCUCCCUGGGGCUGGGGGGCCUCUACGGCGCCGGGGCCACUCAGGGCUCGGGGGGCCUCUGCACCUUUGGCAGACCCUACGCUUCUCCUGCCUGCAACCCCUGCGCCUUGCCCCGCUACAGCAGGAAGCUCUGGGACACCUGUGGGCCCUGCUAA